UGUGAACUUUUUUAUUUGUAUCACUUUGACUACUGCUGCUCAUUUGUGCUGCAUCACCUGGGUCUCUUCUCAAUAUCCUCACCUGAAGAGUACAAUAUCAUCUUGACAGGAAAUUAACAAAGAAGUUGCAUGAAUUCAAGUAAAAGCGAAAAGAACUACAUUAAAAGAAGAAAAUUGACUUGGAUGGAGUCAACAGAGCAUCCCAGUGUGCUGUUUCCGCAAGGAAGUGUUGAAGUCAGUCGAAUGAUGACACCUGAUGACACAAACCUGGCCGGAAAUGUCCAUGGUGGAACUGUACUUAGAAUGAUUGAAGAAGCUGGAGGAAUUAUAGCGACAAGGCAUUGCAAUAAGAAUCGGCAUGAGGGCAAGCCGGCUGUUUGGGCCGCUUUAGCCCGGGUUGAACAGACCAAUUUUGUCAAACCAAUGUACGUAGGCGAGUUGGCAACAGUUCAUGCUGAUUUGACAUAUAGUUCAAAACACUCCUUAGAAGUUCAAGUUCUGGUGUUUGCCGAGAAUUUGGUAAAAGGGGAGCAUAAGUUGUGUAACAAGGCAUGUCUUUGGUAUGUGCCUGUUGAAGUACAAUCUGUACAGUGUGGUGAAAGUAAAGUUAGCGAAGUCCCACCAUUAGAGUACAAGUCCAAAGAGGAUGAAGAGGCUGGAAGAAGGCGUUAUGAAGCACAGUUGAUAUCUCGGAAGACGAAAGAGGAAUUACUCUCCAAGAUACCAUGUGGUAUACAAUAUCCCAUCUCUGGCAGGAACCAUGGUGAUCUGGUAAAAUGUAGUGUUGAGUACUCAGCGUCAUCACUAACACAUUCCGUACAACCAUCAGAUUGCAACAUAUUCAAAUACUGUAAUGGUGGUGUCACCAUGAAAAUGAUGGAUAAUGUUGCUGGCAUGGUGGCAUUCCGUCAUGCACAUUGUAAUAUUGUAACAGCUUCAAUUGAUGCAAUUGAUUUUCAUAAUCCUGUAAAACUUGGUGAAAUCAUGACAAUCACAGGAAGAAUGACAUUCACAAGUGACAAGUCUAUGGAAAUAAAAGUUGUAGCUGAUGUUGAAAAUUUAUUGGAAGGUCGAUGUUUUCGUGCCCUCAGUGCAUUUUUUUAUUUUGUCGCUCUGGAUAAGUCAGGCUAUCCAAUCAAAGUUCCUGCUCUUCAACCACAAACAGAAGAGGAAAAACAGAGAUUCGAAGAAGGUAGAGCUCGGUACAAUUCAAGAAAGCAAAGGCGAAUGAGUAAUAAGUAGAACUUGUGAAUAGAUUUUAUUGAAUUCAAUGAGAAUUUAGUUUGGGAAUGGCCUGACUGGUUUCGCCCAGCUGGUCCCAAUGCCCUUUAUUUUUAAAGGGAAAUGUUAGGCAGCAAUAGUAAUGAAAUUGCAAGUUUCAUUUUCUGUAGGAGGAGGAGGGAAACGAUCCCUUUCUCCACUCCCCUGUUAUCUUGUUUAUCUUGUCAUAUUAAUAUUUGUGUUAGGAAACUUAAUUCUCUUGCAUUUUAAACCCUUUGAAGUUUAAAAUUGACAUUCAUUUGCAUUUUUUUAAGAUAACAGUGCUUAUUCACACAGGCUUCAUGAGACCAAGCAGGUUCAAGUGUAAAUUUCCCUUUCAUAAUCCUUCACAAACUUUAAAUAAGAGAUUCUUAAUAACAUCCACUUAUCGGAUUUCUGUUAGGUUAUAAGUCAUUUUUGCCUUGGAAUUCUGAUAAAAUAAGAAAACAUGAUAGGCUUUUUAUCUCAAGCUUGAUGAACUACGUGCUAUUUUCAACGCGCCCCCUCAGCUCAAGAUCCUUGACGGAAAGCUAAGAAUUUUGGGCGUCGCGCGAUUUUUUAUUAUUUAAUAUACGUAAUUAUCGGUUUAUUCAUGUGACACUUUGAUACUCUGCUGUGACGUCAUCUGAUGACGACAUUGCAAGGCUGUGGUCAUGAUUUGUUGCGGUUUUGGGGAGUUUUUUUACCCACGCGUGAUGGGCACAUCGCAAUCUGACAUGUGAAAGCCGAAUUACGACGAGGCGUAUCUACGACUUACCUUCGACAAAAUACCAAUAUAACCAAGGAGCAGCGUGGCAGCGUCUUCAAACAACUUAGCAUCAAAUAUGGUGUAACAACUGCCUAAAUAGAUAAAACACUUCUCGACGUACAACAAAAUACGACUAUUUCAUACCGUUUAUGUCAUUAAAAUCAUCGUCAUCAACCGCUGGAGGUGUAUUUUCACGUAGCUCAUUUACCUCAGCGAAUUGUCAUUGCAAUAGUGUCUCGUUUCACGUAUAAACACUGCUAGUAGACAUAUUGGAUAUCCAAAUCUUCUUUGUGGUGAUUUUCUAGCCUGUUUUCAAUGAGUUAACCGAUUUUCUUUACGAAAGCGGCUACCGCUAUUCAGUAACACGAUUGGCAAUAAUGGCGGUUAACCAUGAUAUGGUUCUUUUCAACUUUUCCGGGUGUAAAUGACAUAUGAUUUUAAAAGAAUUGAAGCCUUAGAACUAGCUAGAAGCAAUUUAACAGCGAAACUGUUUACUGGAUACCAAUUUUAACAUAAGGCAU